GCAUCGCUGCAGGAGCCACUGAAUCCCAAACUUCUGCUCUCUGAUUGGAGUCAACAAGUUUUACUUUCACAUGUUGUUAGUGAGAUGAUGCUCACAAAGUGAUGAGAGAAGAGUUUUCUGGCCGAAAUAAAUGUUGUGGUUGUCUUCGGAGGUGUCCUCCUUCAUGCUCCUGCCAUUGUGAGUGUGCCAUGGCUGCCUUUAAGGGUGUGUGGACGCAGGAUUUCUGGCGAGCGGUUUGCGGAGAGUUCCUGGCCAUGCUGAUCUUCGUGCUGCUCGGCCUGGGCUCCACCAUCAACUGGUCGACUGCGCAGGAAAGCCCCCCUCCCCCCGACCUCGUCCUCAUCUCUCUCUGCUUUGGCUUGUCCAUAGCCACGCUGGUCCAGUGCUUCGGCCACAUCAGUGGCGCCCACAUCAACCCGGCCGUCACCGUGGCGAUGGUGGCCACGCGAAAGCUGAGCCUGGCGAAGGGCGUGUUCUACCUGGGGGCGCAGUGCCUGGGGGCAGUGGCAGGGGCUGCUAUCUUGUACGGUGUGACCCCACCUGCUGUGAGAGGGAGUCUGGGGGUCACCUCGGUGAAUGCUGGUAUCUCCACUGGCCAUGCCCUGGUGAUUGAACUCCUUAUUACCUUUGAGCUGGUCUUCACUGUCUUUGCCACCUGUGACCCUAAGCGCAGUGACCUGAAGGGUUCAGCAGCGCUGGCUAUCGGCUUGUCUGUGUGCAUCGGUCACCUAUUCGCAAUCCCAUAUACUGGAGCCAGCAUGAAUCCUGCUCGCUCAUUUGGGCCUGCGGUCAUCAUGGGACACUGGGAAAACCACUGGGUGUACUGGUUGGGUCCUCUAAUAGGCGCUGUUAUAGCUGCAGCUCUGUAUGAGUACCUGUUCUGUCCUGACCUUGACCUGAAGAGACGCUACACCAGCGUUCUAUCCAAAAGCUCCUUCCCCCGAGGCCAGUACGAAGGCAUGGAGCCGGCCGCUUUCCCUAGUGAGCAAGCUCAGCUGGUGGUCAAGCAGCCGGCCUUUACUGUGCUGGACGUGGAGCGGGCGGAGAGGAAGGAGAGGGAGGCGGCUGGUGAGGUGCUGUCCUCUGUAUGACUAGUGAGGAGCACUGAGGAGGAAGAACAAAGAUCUGGACACUACUCCAGAGCCCAGCUUAAAGAGACUGACCUGAUCUAGAGGUGUAGUUUGUGUGUUUGUGGGUGUUUAAGAACUCGUGAGUGAUUUCGGUAUCAGCUGUCUAGGACAUAGACUGACUUUACAUUCAGACAAAUCUAGAAGGUUGUAGGUUGCAGACUGGGACGAUGCUUUAACCUUUAGAAGUUGAGAGUUAUUACUAUUGUUUUGCUAGAUUAUUCAAAGAAAAUUAACUAACUACAUAUUUAACUACAUAUUGACGUGUUGUUCUGUUUUAACGUCAAGAACUGACAAAUAAGGCAGAAACAUAAAGGUGUAUUUUCUUUCCAACAAUAACAACUUUUCA